AUGAUCACGACCAUCAAGGAAGCGGCAUAUCAAACGUUUGCAGCAACAUCAGCAACCGAGGAAGAGGAAAUCAUUGCCAGACGGGGACAGCUUCCUGACGGGACGAAGCCAGUCAAAGUUCCAAAACGGAUUUGGCGAGCGCAAGUGAAAAACGUGUACGAAGAACCGGAGGCGGACUUGGACAGUCCCGCAACCCACGAUUGGAUGUUCGAAGAACAUGGAAAGACGGUAAUCAAACAAAAAGCACCAGUGCAGAGGCGUACCUUCAUGAUAGAAUCGAAUGCAGACAAACACUUGGAGGAACUCGAGUAA